AUGACCAUCGCCCAAGAACCCCCCACCGUCGCCUUCGACGCCCUCCCGCUCAACCCCAACGGGCCCCGCGGCAAUGCCUGGGGUCGUUUCGGGCCAACCGACCAGCUCGGCACGCUGAACCUGCUCACACCCGAGCGGGUCGUGGAAGCAGCCAAGGAAAUCCGGUCGGGGGUGCGCAUCUCGCUCGACUGGCCGCUCAGCAUGCCCUCGUACCCGAGUUUCAAUCGCUCGCCGUUCAAGCAGGAGCUUGUUCUGCGGAAUCCGAACUGCGUCUACGACGAUGUCUUGACUUUUAAUAGCCAGGAAAUAGCCUGGGUCGAGAACGGAGGCGUCACCGGCCGAGGAAUCCUCCUCGAUUACGCAGAGUGGGCCACCUCCAAGGGCAUCCCCGUGUCAGCACUUGAGUCCACUCCUAUCACGCUCGAGAACCUGAAGCAGGCAGCCGCAGACUAUAAGCUUGAGUUCCGCCAAGGCGAUAUCUUCUUCGUGCGCAGCGGAUUUACAGCUGCGUACAAUAAGCUCAGCGCGCAGGAGCGCGAAGAUCUUCCGAAACGCCCGUCGCCGGACUUCAGUGGUGUUGAGGCAACGGAGGAGAUGGUGCGGUGGUUGUGGGAGCAUCAGUUCGCAGCCGUCGCGGGAGAUGCCCCGAGCUUUGAACGGUCGCCGAUUCGGGGGAGUCAUGCCAAUCCGGACUUUAAUCUGCACGAGUGGGUUCUGGCCGGUUGGGGGACUCCCAUUGGGGAGAUGUUUGAUCUGGAGAAGCUGUCGGAGCAUUGUAAGGCUACGGGACGGUAUACUUUCUUUUUGUCGAGUAUGCCCCUCAAGAUACAGGACCCCGACAAUGCACGGCUGUCGCCCUGCACUCUACCCUAUCUGGCAUCCGUGCCGGCGAUUAUCGUCUUGCUGAUCGCCCUGAGCCAUCUUCUUGCCCCUUUCUUGCGUAGAUGGCGCCCGACAUGGACUGUUCCAUUCGUGUCAGAGCAGCAUGAGUUGCAUCAUUCACUCCCGCUCGAAGGGGCCAAACACUCCCUGCGAUGGGCCAUCGCUCUUUUCGUUCUCUCGGCCAUUGGCUUUGCGGCGGAGUUUUUUCAAUUAAUUGAGGUUGAUGUUUCAUCGACGGUUCUUACUAUCGCAUGGGCGGAAGCAUGGCUCCUGAUUACGGUCAAGCGCCCACGAUCAUGUUCCAUCUCAAUGCUGGCGUACUAUGUCUGCACCUUCGCUGUGGAAAUCACGCUGGCCAGUCACUCCGACUCUAAAUUGAAGAUCAUCGCUCGCUAUAUUGCGGCAGGCGCCGCAGCGGCCGCCAGCAUUGUGAUCCUGUUAAUGCCCUUCCGCCAACCAUCGCUCCCUUUGCGGGAUAUCAGUGCCGUGGGCCAACAGCCCUCCAGUGAUUUCCGCAGUCCAGAGGACAACUUGCGACUGUGGCAGUUCCUCACUGUAUCUUGGAUGGCCCCGUUGAUUGCCACCGGACGAGUCAGACAAUUGCACGAGCAGGAUGUUUGGCUGCUUGGCUUUGAUUUCCAGCAUCGCCGACUCCACGAGAAGUUUCGGCGUAUCCGAGGUUCGGUCCUCGGUCGCUUGUUAAAGGCGAAUGGCAUCGAUAUCUUCAUCCUUUCCGUUCUCGCGACCGUACGAAUGUGUUGCGAUUUUUCCACGCCAUUGAUUCUGCACCAACUCUUGCAGACGAUGAAAGAUCCGACCAGCUCCAAGCGAGUCCCUUUGACUUAUGCUUCAUUUGGGCUGGCUGCGGGUCUGAUUGCCUCGCAGUCUGGAGUGCUGAACAUAUGGUACGGCCGACGGGCCUACGAACGGUCUAGAGGUGAGAUGAUGAUGAUGGUCUAUGAAAAGGCGCUUUCCCGGAAGAAUAUUUUUGGACAGAGAAUCCAGGGCGAUGAUGGAACGUGUCUCGACGAUGAGACAAAUGGUCUCAUCGAUGGUGAUGCGACCGAAGGAACCGAGGAAUCCUCGGUCCAACCGAAGCAGAGUCUAUGGAGGCGUCUCUUCACAAAAGAAAACGAAUCAUGCCAGGCACAGGACAAAGAAGCAGCAUCUCUCGGCAAGAUUUUCAACCUUCUUCGAGGUGAUGUCUAUGAAGUCGCCCAGCGGUUUUGGGAAGUUGACACCCUCAUUGACUCGCCCUUGGGCCUGGUCAUUGCCACUGCUCUUGUCUGGACCCUUUUCGGACCAUCCUGCUUCCUGGGAAUUUUGGCGGUGCUAGUAGCCCAGGCAGUCAACGCCCUGAUUACUCGGGCUCUCCUUCGAUGGGAACGCGUGAGACGCACAGCGACCGACGCCAGACUACAGAUCACUUCACAGUUUGUGGAAGCCAUUCGGCACCUCCGCUGGUAUGGGUGGCAAGAUCACUGGCUUCGUCAGGUCAUGGAAGCCCGACAGCACGAGCUGAACUUGCGCAUAAUAACAAGCCUGUGGAACAUUUUGAUCCGUUUCAUCAACUCUUUCGCCAGCGGCGUAUUUCCCGUUCUCGCUUUAUACUCCUAUGCACUCCUGGCUGGCCAUGACCUGCAGAUUGAGAUUAUAUUUCCUGCUCUGAAGCUCUUCACGAUGCUUGAAAGCCGUCUUCGGGACAUCCCUAACCUGAUCACAUCCCUCAUCAACGCUUACAUUGCCCUUGGGCGUAUCGAAGACUUUAUGUCAGAACCAGACAAGGAGCCUGCGCCCGUUGAACCGUCGACUGACGAACCCCCGAUCAAGCUGGAGUCCUGCUCUUACGCCUGGCCGGGCAGAACGACACCCGUGCUUCGCAGCAUUGACCUGACAAUCCACAAGGGCUUGACGGUCGUGGGCGGAAAAGUAGGAGCAGGUAAGACCGCUUUCCUACAGGCACUUCUUGGCGAGCUCGACAAACUCGAAGGCGUCUCCCAUCUUCCGAAUGAAAUGGUUGGGUACUGUGCGCAGACUCCCUGGCUGCAGAGCAUGAGCAUCCGCGACAACAUUCUUUUCUCCGCUCCGUACGAUGACCAACGCUACAAGCGGACGCUGGAUGCUUGCGCCCUCCUUCCCGACCUCGCGCAGUUCAAGCACGGCGAUCUGUCCUUCGUGGGCGAGAAUGGGAUCGGUCUUUCGGGAGGUCAGAAGGCGCGCGUGGCUCUCGCACGAGCGGUAUACAGUGCCUCGCGCGUCUUGCUGCUGGAUGAUCCCUUGUCGGCUCUAGAUCACAACACUGCCGAGUUUAUUGUUCGCAAAUGCCUUUCGGGGCCUCUGAUGCAGGGCCGCACCAUCAUCCUCGUGACACAUCGUACUAUGCUUGUUCGCCAUAUUGCGGAUCAGAUUAUUGAGAUACGCGACGGACUUGCCACAGUGCAUGGCAAAAAGGACGUGUCUAAAAUUAUCGGGGGAUUGGAAAAUGAAGACAUAGAAGGCGAUGCUGAAGAAGAGACUACUCUCGAAGACGAGGCAGCUGCUGUGCCAGACAAGUUCAUCGAGGAGGAACAUCGAGCAGAAUGGGGUGUCAAGGCCCGAGUCUAUUGGAACUACAUCCGGGCAGGCAAGUAUCGGUGGUGGCUCGCCCUUGUCUUGGUUCUGGCCGUAUACCGGGUCAUGGCCGUUGGACAGUCGUGGUUUCUCAAGGCAUGGGGCGAGGCCUAUGACCAGACGGUCGUGAUGCUCGGCAGUUUCUUGGCCGGCCACGAGCCAUUUCUGGUGUCUGGGUCGAGCGCGGAUGUUUACUUCGUGCCUCAUAAUCCGAUAGACCAGCUCCCACCUCCACACGAGGACGUGCGCCCCUGGCUCUGGACCUUUUUCGGCAUCAUUACCUUCCAAGCCACCACGCUCCUCGUCGCCCAGUUGUUCAUGCUCAUCAUCGUCUACUGCGCCGGGAAGGCGCUGUUCCAGCAGGUGAUGGUCCGGGUCAGCCAUGCGACCUUUCGCUUUUUCGAUGUCACUCCAAUGGGUCGGUUGAUGAACCGCUUGACGUCGGAUAUCGGUGUGGUAGACGGCAAUAUCAGCCUCCAAUUCCAGGUGAUUGCCUUCCAGGUCAUUAUCUGGAUUUCGUCCAUCUUGGUGAUCGCCACUGCAACCCCCAUUUUCCUCAUUUUUUCAAUGGCGCUUACCAUCGCUUUUGUCUGCGUCUUCCUGCGCUUCUUGCCGACAUCGCAGAGUCUGCGACGCCUGGAGAUGGUAUCUCUGAGCCCGUUGCUGUCCAACUUUGGUGAGCUGCUCCAUGGCCUGACCACCGUGCGAGCCUUUCGCGCCGAAACAAGCUUUCAAAACCGCGUCAUCUCCGUGGUUGAUAAAUUUCAAGGCAUGGACCACUUCUACUGGUCUCUCCAGAGCUGGCUCACCUACCGCUUCGAAGUCCUGUCGGCAUGCUCGACCUUCGUUCUCACUGCCCUGGCGCUGUUCACCAACACGACGCCAGGCUUAGUGGCCUUCGUGCUCAUCGCUGCAGACAACUUCGUCGAGUCCACGCAUGUACUCUGUAAGCAGUACGGCCAGUUGCAAAUGGACUUUGUCUCGGUGGAGCGAAUCGACGAGCUCCUCCACAUCGAAGAAGAGUCACCCGGGACGAUUGAUCCGCCCGCCGCCUGGCCGACCUACGGCAGUGAUAUUAUCUUCGAGGACGUCACGCUCCGCUACGCUGCACAUCUUGAUCCCGCGCUGACCAACGUCUCCCUCCGCAUCCCUGGCGGAUCGACGACGGCCAUCAUCGGCCGCACGGGAAGCGGCAAGUCCACGCUGGCCGUGUCGCUUCUCAGUGCUGUCCGUCCCGAAUCCGGGCGCAUCCUCGUCGAUCGCAUCAACAUCGCCGAUGUGAGCACGCAGGCUCUCCGCACGCGUGUCACCUUUGUCGCACAGGACCCCGUGCUGUUCCCUGGCAGUAUCCGUCUCAACCUGGACCCAACGGAGGAGUACUCCGACACGCAGUGCGCCGAGGUCCUGGAGCGGCUAUGUAGUCGGCACGGCUGGCAUCUGGACACGCACAUCGAGGCCGGCGGGAGAAACCUCAGCCAGGGCCAGCGCCAGUUGAUUGCCCUAACGCGCGCCGUGCUGCGACGCAGUCCCAUCGUUAUCUUAGAUGAGGCGACUGCCUCGGUGGACCAUGAAGCGUCUCUGGAGAUUCAGCAGAUUAUCCGGGAGGAGCUGGAGCUGUCGACGGUGAUCACGAUCGCGCACCGCAUCGAGGCCGUCAAGGACGCGGACUAUUUCGUCGUGCUUGACCAGGGCCGCCUGGCACGCCAGGGCCAUGUCCGGGAUUUGUAG